GCUCACUAUCUCGUCGCCGCCGGCACCCCCCUCUUAGCCACCGUCCUCCCUCCCCCCUUCAUCCAUCUCACCCUCAUCACUGCCAACGACAACAGCUUCUCUGUCACGGCUAGUCGACCUCACAUUCUCCUCCCUUCUCUCCUAUCCCCUCGCCCUUCUCUCGUUCCACGCCACAAUCUAUCACGGGCCAUUUGGACAUUCAAGCUCGACCCACGCAGUUUGGCCCACACAAGUUCCAGAUCUAUCUUUCAGCUCCAAAUCUCGCCACGCCCCCUUGACUUUCCCUCCAAACAGCCAUGUCGUCUUGGACUCCCGCCCAGGAUGGGCUUCAAGAGGUCCUCGGCAUGCUCCGCGACUCUGCUAGUUCAGACCCCAACGUUCAGAAACAUGUCGCCACGCGCCUCAAAGAGUUGAGAUUCAUCCCAAAUUUCCUCGCCUACCUCGCGCACAUCCUCGUCUUCGCCACCGGCGAGGCCGGCACGCACCGCGCAGUUGCGGGUCUAGUGCUCAAGAACGCUCUUAUUGAGCGGAGUGGCCAGCCCGUCACGGAUGGUGAUGCGCAAGCGAUGGAGUAUGUCAAGCAGGCGUCCCUUGCUGGUCUGCAGGAGGCGGACAAGAUGAUACGCCACACCUCUGGAAGUGUCGUCAUGGCCAUUCUCUACACCGAGAACACUGGCGCUUGGCCACAAGCGCUCGAUGUCCUCACAAAGGGCCUGAGCUCGCAGGACGAAAACCUCGUCGAGGGUGUCCUCAACACGUUCCAGAAGGUUGCCGAGGACUGCCCUCAGCGUCUCGACAUUACUAUCCAGGGGACCAACUUGUUUGAACACCUCGUCCCCCAGUUCAUCCAGUUUACUGGCCACUCGGACCCCCGUAACCGUCUUUAUGCGCUCGAGACGCUCCAGUGCCUCAUCGCGUUGCGCACGCCCGCCCUCAUGGCCCAGCUCGAGAGCUACCUCCAGGCCCUUUUUGCUCGCGCCUCUGAUGAGUCUGCCGACGUUCGCCGCACCGUUUGUGCUGCCCUUGGCCUCAUUCUUGCCAGCCGCCCGGACAAGCUUGUGCCACAGAUGAAGAACGUUGUCGACUACAUCGCCUACUGCACCAAGGACGACAACGAGGCGGUCGCGCUCGAGGCGUGCGAAUUCUGGCUCACGUUCGCCGAGGACCCCUCCCUCAAGUCACAGAUGCAGCCGUACCUCGACAAGAUCGUUCCUCUUCUCUUGGAGGGCAUGGUCUACUCCGAGGUUGACCUCCUCUACCUUGACAAUGAUGAGGAUGACGAGGCCGUCCCGGACAAGGAGACCGACAUUAAGCCUCACCUCUACAGCGGCAAAGCUCACGGCGUUGGCGAGUCCAAUGACACGUCGUCGGCGCAGAAGGGUGGCCAGUCGCGCGAGGCUGCUGAGCAGGCCUUUGACGAUGAUGAUGAUGAUGACGAUGACUAUUAUGACGAUGAUGACGACGACGCCUCUGCGGAGUGGAACAUCCGCAAGUGCUCGGCCGCCGCGCUCGAUGUCAUGGCCGUCUCGUUCCGUGGCGAGUUGCUCAACAUCCUUCUCCCCUACCUCAAGGAGCGGCUAUUCAACGAGGACUGGACCUACCGCGAGAGUGGUAUCCUUGCUCUGGGUGCUAUUGCCGAGGGCUGCAUCGAGGGUCUUGAGCCUCACCUCCCCCAGCUCGUCCCUUGGCUCAUCGAGGCGCUCAAGGACCGCAAGGCGCUGGUCCGCUCCAUUACUUGCUGGACUCUUGGCCGCUACUCCAGCUGGGUCGUUGCCGUCUCAACCGAAAACAAGCAGACCUUUUUCCUUCCGACCAUGGAGGGUCUCCUCCAGAUGGUCCUUGACGGCAACAAGCGCGUCCAGGAGGCUGGCUGCAGUGCGUUUGCCACUCUCGAAGAAGAGGCUGGUGGUGAACUCGUGCCUUUCCUCGAACCCAUCCUUCGGAACCUCACUUAUGCGUUCACCAAGUACCAACAGAAGAACUUGCUCAUCCUCUACGACGCCAUCGGCACCCUGGCCGACUCGGUCAUGAACGCUCUCGGCACUGAGCAGUACAUGGAGAUUAUCAUGCCUCCCCUUAUCGACAAGUGGAUGAAGCUUAGCGACAGCGACCCAGAUCUCGUCCCUCUCCUUGAGUGUCUCUCGUCCGUCACCCUCGCUGCUGGCAAGGCGUUUGGCCCGUAUGCUGCGCCAGUCUACCAGCGCUGCGUCACCAUCAUCAGUACCUCGCUCAACCAGUGGAACGCGUACCUCGGCAACCCCAACGACGUGCUUGAGCCGGAUCGCACUUUCAUUGUCGUUGCGCUUGACCUUCUGUCCGGUCUGGCGCAGGGCCUUUCGGACCAGAUGCCUGCCCUUAUAGAAUCGGCGCAGCCUCCACUACUCUCUCUCAUCGCGGCGUGCCUGACUCACUUCGAGCCUCCAGUUCGCCAGUCGGCACACGCCCUCCUCGGCGACAUGGCUAUGACUUGCUUCCCCCUCCUCCGCCCCUACGUUCCGGACCUUAUGCCGGCGAUCAUGGAUCAGAUUAUCCCGGAGCCCCAGCAGGACAGCAUCAGCGUUUGCAACAACGCCGCCUGGGCAGCCGGUGAGAUCGCCAUACAGUACCAGGGCGACGCCGCCCCCAUUGAACCUUUUGUGGACGACCUCAUCAAGCGCCUUAUUCCCAUCCUUCUCAACCAGAAGUCACCCAAGUCUCUGUCUGAGAAUGCUGCAGUCACCAUUGGCCGUCUUGGUCUCGUAGCGCCCGACCGUGUCGCCCCGCACCUUGGCACUUUCGCCCAAGCCUGGUGCACAGCGCUUUGGGAGAUCAAGGACAACGAUGAGAAGGACUCGGCGUUCCGCGGCUUCUGUAUGCUUAUUGUUAAGAACCCCGCUGGUCUCGAGAACAGCUUCAUUUGGUUCUGCAACGCUGUGUGCAAGUGGCAGCACCCCUCGCGUGAACUCGACGACAUGUUCCGCCAGAUUCUGCAAGCCUUCAAGAACCAGCUUGGUGCGCAGUGGGAGCAGCAAACCGCGUCGUUCCCAACCGUGAUCCGCGAGCGCCUCCGCGACCGCUACCAGGUAUAAUGUGCAUUGCUCGUGAUAGCAACGUUGUCGCCGACGAGGUGAUGCUCCGCGGCUCUGCCGUGCGCUUCCCCUUGCUGGCUCUGGUACCCACGCCGAAAUACCACCACCUUAGAUAGGCAUCACGCAUCAGAUACCCUCCAUACAUCUUUGUUGGCAACUACGUAGAAUCAUUACAUAGUCGGGCCCCACAUCCGACACCCUUUUCUCUCUCAACACUGCAUCUCCUCGACCGGCGCGAGGCAUUCACAAAAGGGGCCCAUCAUUCCAUAGCAUUUCAUAG